GCCGGGCUACUACUACCGCCAGCGGGGCGCGGGGCAGCGGCAGGAGCUGCUGUGAGCGCCGGGGGCUGGAGCGGAGCGGCGGGCCGGGUAGCGUUUGCGGCGGCACCUCAGGCGCUGAGGGAGCAGUGGUGCCCCCCCCCCCCCCGCCCCGGAGGAGGAAGAAGAAGGACGCGGGGGCCCCACCGCAGGGGCUCCGGGGUCCGCCUGACCGGGCGUGUGGUGUCGGGUCUGUCCGCAGGGUGCCCUGCAGCCGCCGCGGUCCGUCGUCCCCUGGCGCGGAGCCGCGGGGCGUCGCCGGCCUCCCGCGGGGGUCCAUGAGUCGCGGGCGGGCAGCCCCGGCAGAGCCCCUCGCCCGUUCCCCCGGCUCCGGCGGCGGCCCGGCGCGGCGGCGACGGAGGCGGUGAGAUGGGAGGCAGCCUGGGCUGCCACCGCUCCAUCCCCCGCGAUCCGGCGGACCUGUGCCACAGCCGCAAGUUCAGCGCGGCGUGCAACUUCAGCAACAUCCUCGUCAACCAGGAGAGGCUCAACAUCAACACGGCCACGGAGGAGGAGCUCAUGACCCUCCCCGGGGUCACCCGGGUGGUGGCCCAGAACAUCGUGGAGUACCGGGAGUACAUCGGUGGCUUCAAGAAAGUGGAGGACCUGGCGCUGGUGAGCGGGGUGGGGGCGGCCAAGCUGGAGCAGGUGAAGUUUGAGAUCUGCGUGAGCAGCAAGGGCAGCUCUGCGCAGCACUCGCCCAGCUCCCUGCGCAAGGACCUGGCCUCCGAGCACCACCUCUCUGCCACCAAGAUCAACAUUAACACUGCCACCCCGGCCCAGCUCAUGAGCAUCCGUGGCAUCACCGAGAAGAUUGCCAACAGCAUCGUGGACUACCGUAAAGAGCACGGUCCCUUCAAAAGUAUUGAGGACCUGGUGAGGAUGGACUGCAUCAAUUCUUCCUUUCUGGACAAAAUAAGACAUCAGAUUUUUGCUGAGCGGUCCCGGCCCCCUUCGACAAACACCAAUGGUGGUCUCAACUUCACAGCCAAGCCUCACCCCAGCCCCACUUCUCUGAGCCUCCAGAGCGAGGACUUGGACUUUCCUCCUGGGGGUCCGACCCAGAUCAUAUCCACUCGCCCCUCUGUGGAGAUGUUCGGGGGGGUGAGAGAUGGCAGACCUGUGCUGAGGGUGGCUACCUGGAACCUGCAAAGCUGCUCCACUGAGAAAGCCAACAACCCAGGCGUGCGGGAGGUUGUGUGCAUGACGCUGCUGGAGAACAGCAUCAAGCUUUUGGCUGUGCAGGAGCUGGUUGACAGAGAAGCGCUCGAAAAGUUUUGUAUGGAGCUGAACCAGCCGACACUGCCAAACAUCCGCAAGUGGAAGGGCCCUAGAGGAUGUUGGAAGGGUGUUGUUUCCGAGAAACCCUCAGGCCAGCUACACAAGGGAGUUGAAUAUUCUGGCUUCCUCUGGGAUACAACAGCUGGCAUUGAACUGAAAGAUGCUUCGUCUCAGGAGAGCGCACAGACUAACGGCAAUGGGAAGCACUCAUAUCCUCACCCGUAUCUUGCACAUUUCAAGGUUGGGAUGAAUGAUCUAACGCUGGUUAACCUUCAUCUGGCCUUGUCGCCCUCGGCAGGAGAGAAUACCGGGAAGAACCACGACAGCCACAAACUAGCAGCCUUUGCACAGACGUUGCAGGAGACUCUGAAAGGAGAAAAAGAUGUGGUCAUCCUCGGAGAUUUUAACCAGGCCCCAGACAGCAGCGACCAUGACAUCCUGAGGAAGGAGAAGUUCCAUCACUUGGUCCCUUCCAGCACCUUCACCAACAUCAGCACAAAGAACCCACAAGGGUCCAAGUCGCUGGAUAACAUCUGGAUCAGUCGGAGCUUGAAAAAAGUUUUCACAGGCCACUGGGCUGUUGUGCGAGAAGGUCUUACAAACCCAUGGAUCCCCGAUAACUGGUCCUGGGGUGGGGUGGCUUCAGACCACUGCCCCGUGCUCGCUGAAUUUUACCUGGAAAAGGACUGGAACAGGAAGGAGGUGACACGGAAUGGGAACGGGGUGACGGUUGAACGCAAUGACUCCCAUGCUAAGCACGAACGAUGACGCGAACUUGAGGGUGCCUCUUCUGCUCCCCAGGGAGCCGUCGAAGGCUCCGUUCGCUCGCGGCUCAGCGGCGGAGCAGGACUGCCUCCCCUUCUCCCUCCUUCCCACUCUCCUCCCCGCGCUAGAAAGCAUCAGCACUUGGUUUUGGUGGCCCUGGCUUUGUGACCCUCCUGGACAGUUGUGGGGUGUCUCAUGGCAGUGGAGCAAUCUGCAAGUUUUUCUGGGGACACAGUGGACAUUUUCACGCCUGGAGAUUUGGAUGAGAAUUGUACAGAAAAUAAAGUGUACUUUUAAUACUGUA